GUCACAGGUGUCUCUGGGCGAGUUCAGGUGUCUCUCUCCCCUCUGGCUCUGAGCAUAGGUAGAAGAGAUGGACACCAAGCUGUGAUUGACAUGACCUAGUCUGGCCCUUCAAUCAAAGGAUUUCAACACUUCCAGGAGUUCGGCACUUGUUGGAUUCCACAAAUUAUUCAUUUCUUCACUGAUUAACGGAUUUCUUUAAUUAGCGUGUUAACAUCUUCAUUUUUCAUUUUUUCCCGGGAUUUUCUUUUUCCAAGAGAUGUACUAAAGACCUCCUACAGAAGCUUGCUAUAACCUUACAGACCAAGUAAUAUUGAAAUCAUUGUGUACGUUCAUUGAAUGAAGAAAUAAAGUUGUACUAUACUUUUGUUGUGAAAAGGUUGAGUCGAUAUAAAAUGGAAUAGAAUCUUUAAAUAAUUUCAGCCAAAGAAAAAUACGGCUUUAAUACAAUUUACAGGAAGCCCUGAGAUUGUAAACAUUUGUUCUGGCUCAGACUAGAAUAAAAUGUGAUUUUCAUAUCAUGUGUUUGAUAUAACAAAGUCAAUGUUCUACAGAGCUAAAUAUAUUCAUUCUAUUACAGUGUGUUUCUGAUUCUUUGGACAUUAACGAACAUUCUUCUACCUGGAUGAGCUACAGGAAAACACAACUAAGAUUUUAAAAGGACACAGUAAAAGAGACUAGAAUCAUGUCUCACUGAACUAUGAAACAAGGAGCAAAACAAAACUUAAUCAUUCCAGAAGAGGGUCUCAAACAGAGAGCACCCCAAACUACUCGAUGUUGACACAAGAAAUAAAGGGGAACAACCAAACAAUCGAGCACACAAAAAGACGCCACCAAAAUGUACAAUCGGUAGGAGCCAUUCACCGAGCGAUGACAAGGGAGGAAACCCAAAGGACGCUAUCGAUCUGCAAGCUGGUUGUGGUUCUUGUUUCUGAGCACGAGGUGAAGGUGGGCCACGGCAACGGUCACGCUCCGAAUUCGAUUUAAUUCCCAAGAUUUCUCUCCCCCUCCCACAUAUCUCUCUUUUUUUAUACCAUUACCUCGUUCUUCCUCUUCUUGUUCUCUCUCUCUCUAUCACUCAUUUUGUCUCAUGCGGUUUAUGCAUCGAUUAUCUGAAGAUUCUUGUAGCACCUCCAAGGAAAAUAAAAAAGAACUAUAUUCUAAUGGCGGUACAACUUUCUGAGAAGAUUAUUACAUGUGCUGUGUAGCGCGAAUCGGCGGAAACUAACGUGAAGACGCGAGGUAGAUGGUUAAAUGACGUCAUUCGGAUUGACCCUGUUCAGAGGUGACAAGGCAGCGCGUCAUUUGUGACGUCAAAGAAGUUCGUCAAUUCUGAUCAACAUUAUUUCGCACAAAAAGUUUGUUAGAAACAAGCGACAGUUAAAAAUAUGCGAGAUUUGAGAUAAGCGGCUGGAUAAUUAUUUUAAAAUAAAAAUGAUGCUUGAUGGAUUCUCCUAACGCUAAUUUGUUUCAAUUUGUUCUUUUGUUAACCUGCAAAGCAUUUGGAAAAUAUGGCAGCAUUUGAAGAUUUCAAACAGAGGACAUUUCUAUACGUGGCGGGACUAGUGACUGUGAUAUUUGUUGAGCAGUGCCGAGGUCAGCUGUUCGAACCCACCUACGUCAUCAACGAGGAGUUGCCGGAGGAUAGCGUGGUGGGUGACGUCAGCAGAGAUUCCAACAUCUCUCACCUGUUGAGUGCCGAAGACUAUCGAUUCUUGACCUAUCGGUUAUUGCCUCUGUCCCAGUCCGUGGUCAACCUGUUCACCAUAGAAAACCACACCGGUGUUCUCAGGACAGCUAGCAGGAUCGACAGGGAGGCGCUGUGCCGGUUCGACUCUCUGUGCAAGCUAGUGCUGAGCGCCGCGGCGCAGACCUUGUCCGGCCAGCAGUUUUACACCGUCAAGAUCUACGUCAUUAUCAAGGACAUAAACGACCACGCCCCCAAGUUCCCCAGCCCCUCCAUGACCGUUGAGAUCCCAGAAGACGCUGCUGAGUUCACCUCCAUUCCAAUCAGCCCGGCCUCCGACCUGGACAUCUUCAACAACACUAUACAAACGUACACCCUCAAACCCAACAGCGACACCUUCGAGCUUAAAGUCUCCAGAAACCUGGACGACAGCCUGGUGCCCCAGCUCUUCGUGAAGUCCCCCCUCAACAGAGAAGCCAGGCCCUUCUACCUCCUGAAAGUGGUCGCCAUGGACGGAGGCUAUCCUCGGCGCUCAGGCGAGUUGACGGUCAAUGUGUCGGUGCUGGACGUGAACGACAACCCUCCCCGGUUCUCUCAGCAGACGUACGAUGUUUCAGUCGAGGAGGACAAACCCAUCAAUUACCGAGUCAUCACCCUGUCUGCAACAGAUGACGACAUCGGAAACAACGGACUCGUGAAAUUCCAACUUGGUGCUAGACAAAACGAAGAAGCUUUCUCUGCCUUCCGUGUCAUUGCGGAUUCUGGGAACAUCGUGACGGUCAAGGAGUUGACGAGUCUACAAGGAGAAACUCUGAAGUUGGUCGUUGAGGCGGUGGACGGGGGAAGUAAACCUCUGACUGCACAGGCGAUGGUCAACAUCCAUAUUUUGGACUCUAUCAACGACGCUCCUACCAUCAGGAUGACCAUGCCUUAUGGGCUGAGGGUGGCUAAGAUAACCGAAAACGCGGCGCCGGGGCUGGUGGUGGCCCACUUUAUUGUUGACGAUCCUGAUUCUGGGGAGAACGGUGUGGUCAUUUGCCAUCUCAAUGACGACACGUUUGCGCUACAGAAGUUAAAAGAGGCCGAGUACAAAGUCACGGUCUACCAGCAGCUGGACAGGGAGAGUGCUUCCCUUUACGACGUGACCAUCACAUGCACUGACGGAGGUCAGCCCCCGAUGAGCGCCAAUGUGGCCUUCGCCGUCUUGCUCGAGGACGCCAACGACAACGCUCCCCGUUUUUUGAGGCAAGUCUACCUGGCCAAUGUCACCGAGAACACUCCAGGUGGGUUCGUCCUGCGUGUCGAGGCCGAAGACAUCGAUGUGGGUCAGAACGGGAAGGUCACCUACCGCUUGGGUAACGUGACGUCUCUGGUGACGUCCUACAUCCACGUCAACUCCACCACGGGUGACGUUAGGACCAAGCAGCCCCUGGACCACGAGAUCUUCCGAGAGCUGGAGUUUUAUGUUGUUGCCAUGGACGACGGGUCGCCGAGCCUGUCCACAUCUGCGAGAGUGAUCAUCUCCGUCAUUGACGUCAAUGACAAUAUGCCCAAAGUGCCAAACGAUUUCUUCAUGACGAUCGAGGAGAACUUGCCCUACGGAUCUCUCGUUGGAAACAUAGACGCCAUUGAUCCAGACUACGGCUUAUCCGGAAAAGUUGAAUACCAGCUUCUGACGGAUAAUGAGGCUCCGAGGCUGUUUAACCUCAGCAAGACUGGCGAGGUCCGCGCCCUCACGUCUUUCGACAGGGAAACACGUGACAUUUACGACAUCAACGUCCUGGCCAGAGAUUUCGGAACCGUUCCUCUGACCAACGUCCUACACAUUCGGAUUGUCGUGACGGACGCUAACGACCAUAAGCCUGUAUUCACCUUUCCUACUACAUAUAAUAAAACUAUUCACAGCACCAUCGACUCUCGGUUUAACGCCACCAUCGCCCGUGUUGUGGCCACGGACAGAGAUUCCGGAAAUAACGCAAAACUGACUUACUCCAUCACGGACGGCGGAAAAGACGUUUUCGAUAUUGACCCAGUGACUGGACGCAUCUACGUCAUGCGUAACCUUUACACCAAGGACAAGGGCACGUAUGACCUCAAACUCUUCGUCCAUGACUUGGGCUCGCCAAACCUUUCGGAAACCGCUUCACUGAUUAUCAUUGUGACGCAAGGGAACACCACCGCGGUUUUCGCUGCCUUCGGCUACAAUGAGCAGAUGAUCAUUGUGGCUGUCCUUGUUGCCUUCACUGUCAGCAUCGCGGUGGUUGUGUUCCUCAUUGUGCUGAGAUUCGUCAAGAAAGACCGCCGGGACAGGAGGCCCAAGUACACCAGCGGUUUGCCUCUGGAGGUAAAGAAGCGGUCCCCGACCCCUGACGACGACGCUUCCAGCGACGAGGGGCCGUGGAGAAGAUACGACGAGGCCAAGAGGCCCAACGGGCCGAUCGUGACGUCGGGCGACGUCAGCUACGACGCGAAUGACGACAUAAUUCUGUUCAAACUGAAACUGGCAGACCAGUACAAGGAACUGGAGCCGGAAGACAAGGAUCAUCACUGUGGCGCCCUGGCCUGCAGCGAUUCCGGCUCCAACCGAAACAGUGUCAUCAGUGACGUAGACGGCGCCCCUGACGUCAGCAGGGAGAGAAAUGUCACUCGCCUGGCCACGUUUCAAGCCAAUCUGCCCAUGCUGCAGGUCGCUUCAAUGUCCGGUAACUCAGAUAAGGUAUGGAGGUCACCACCAAAAGAAAAAAUGGCUGACGAGAUUUUGAGCAGCUCCUCUCGCGAGACUACGGGGGCAGACAGUGGGAGGGGUCCAAGCGAGGACGGAAGUCAAAGCAGAUCGUCUGUUACAGACGAUUCCGGAUGUCUCAUCUCGCCCAGCCAUAGUAUCCUGCGAGGAAACACGUCUAAAGGUCAAGGCAACUAUUCGAGACCACCUUCCGGUUCAGGAUUCGAUCGCCCGCCGUUUCUGAUGACGUUCCAGUCCUCUUCGGAGAACGGCGCUACCAACGGGGGCGUGAACGGAGUCGGCAGCUCCUCCAACUACGGCACCAGAAAAGAUCAGGGAGGUAACCCAACGUCUCCGAGGCAAGUCAGCUACUACUCGGCCAAACCAGGACCAGGAGACAAGUCUAAACAGUUCGACAAGGAAACUUCGGGCAACAGAACGUAUCAGAACUCUGGCUCUGAGCACGAUAGGUAUAGAGAAACGACCAUGAAGAAAUGCAUUGAUGACGGAUAUAUAUCAAACGGGUCCAGCAGUCAAAAAUUUCUCAAUCACACGAAUGGUUUUAAAAAGUUCAGUGAUAGACUUGUUAACGCCUCGGGUAAAGGGCGUGAUGCGAGACUGUGCUCGGAGCCUCCUGUAUCCGGAAACGGCGGAAAAGGCGCCACAUCACCUUCUUAUAACACGCCCAUGCAGGAGACAGGCUUGACCCCGUCGCCUAGCCCAGUGUCUCCGAGCAUGAUGUAUAUCAACAACAGCCGCCCUCUCAUUCCUCGCAGCGCCGACACCACCCUGCGCUCCGACCACAGCCAGUUCAGGUACCCUCCGUCUCCCAGCUAUCUGCAGACGACCAACCCCAGCCCCCACUCCUUCAAGCAGGCCAGCUGCCCACAGCUGUAUAAGAACAGCAAUCUGCAGGACCCUCACUCCCAGGGCACCCUGCCGGCCUCGAACAGGUCGCGGGCGUACAACGCGCACGAGAUGCCUUUCUCUGGGCCAUCCAUGUCGCUCCAGGACAUCCUGAACGAGAGCCUGGAAGGACCUGAAGACAGCAACACAACCACCACUUCUGGGAGCUACACUAUCGACCACGAAGAACUAACUGUGGACCUUCCACCAACGGACGUCUUUGUCUAACCUAGCUCAAACUAAUUCUUCUACAGAUAGUGUGUGUGUGUGUGGCCCAAAGAACUACAUAGUCAUUUUGUACUAUAACCAACACAUACAGCUACCAUUAUUUAUCAUGUCGUCAUCAAGCUAGCAUUCCGUGCUGUUUCCAUACUUUUCUUUUAUUCCGCUUAUCCCCCUUGGCUGUUUUUUUUUUAUUCCUUCCAUCAGGCUAUAGAUGGCGCUGCUCUUCAACUUAGACAAUUGGACUACAUCCACGUCACACUGUUGCCAUCUUUGAUGAUGAGUAUAUCAAUGUUCAACUGUUGCUAUCUUUGAUGAUGUUCAACUGUUGCUAAGACGCUAAUUAUUUUUUUAUUUUUACUGGCAUAUUUCCUACUGAAAUCGUAUUCCAAUGACUUGCUAAAUAUACAUGAUUCAAACUGUUUAUACUAUAUAGUGUGUGUUUUAUUUAUAGCUCAAAUUCACUACUAAGAGAGGCAGUAUUACUGAAGACUGUAGCAGCUUGUUUCAUUUAAUGUGUAUAUUGACAUUAUUUUCUUCUAAGAGUGUCCACUACAUUUUUUUUUAAAAUUCACCUUUGUUUUGUAUUCGACUGUGUUAUUGUGUUUUGAAAUAACGUUUAUAUAUGUUUUAUUUUAUUUGUAAUGAUGCUUUGAACUCGGUGAUUAAUUUCUAAUUCAUUGUACUUAUACCAGACUUACCAUAUUAUACUAAACACACGAUACUUACUGUACCAUACUUACCAUUACACUCUUGCCAUAUAAUACUUAGCAUUCAGUACUUAACAUACCAUAACUUUGUUACUAUAAUAUUAAGGCGCUGUCUUCGAUUCUUGAGAUAAAGGAUUGAGUACAGUUUUAAAUGUGACCACGUAGACCCAAGUGCAACCUUUAUAUUUUGCCACAUAAGAUGCAGACAAAUCAGUUGUCCUUAGGUGGUUCUACGUAAGUUCUCUUUUCUUCGCCUGCGUCUGUCUGCAGCAAGGACUUUUCUUUGGGCCUCCUAUACGUGUCUCUCGACCACCUCUUCAACGGUCUCUCUAGAGUUACUUACUUACCUUACUUAUCAUAUUAUACUUAUCAUGUAACACAUAUCAUUCGUGACCUAAUAUACCUUAACACAACAUUCUUUACCACUACUUUUCCAUUUUCGCAAUAUUCAACGGUAAAUAAUUACUACUAAAAGAGUUAAAGCCAUCUUCGACAGCUCUUUCUGACACUCCAAUAACAAGUGCAUGAAUUUAUAGUUUAUUUCAAAGUGCUCAGUCCAUAGAUAGGUCUCACACUAUGCAUAGUUGUGUUAUGGUAAACGCGUUGUUAACACUUGUAUUUUUAAAACUUGAAUUGCAUAUAAGCAGCGGACCACAGUUAGUCAUCUUUAAAAUCUCACAUUUGAUAAUCACGGCAGAAAAACAUUAUUUUUUUAUUUAUUUUUUUUUACUAUUAAUUUUGUGAAAAUCUUAAAAAAGGAAACAUUAUUUUUCAUCUAGAGUUCCAUCGAUAAGAUAAUUUCAGAAGACCGACAACAAUCUCGGAUAAAAUCAGCAAAGCAAACCGACAUGGAUUUCAAAAAUGUGAUGUCACUUCCGCCCCAAUGAUUCCAGGUGAAGCGGACGAGAUUUGAAUUGAAAAGCUCAGUAAAUCAGAUCUUUGCAGUGUACUCACGUGACUUUCAAAUGAAUCUGUUUGAAGAUUUGAAUUCUCUCUAAUCAUGCUUUUUCUAAAGUGUGUACAUUUUCUGAUUAAAAGUAACAUGCUCAUGUCUGCGGAAUAACAACUCAUUUUGGAUUUUUAUAGGCUGUGGGCUAAAAUAUUAUUUUUUUUAUUAUAUACAAACAUAGAUUUCUUAAACAAUUUUCUUUGUUUCACUUUUACGAAUGAUCCAAAGGCUACAGUAAUCGUUGGCCCAAAAUGAUAAUGCAGUUAGUCAAUAGGGCCUUUAUCAAAGAAAAAGUCACCUUAGACUAAUAUCUAUCAUGUGUUCGUUUAAUAAGAUAUUUUGUUUGUUUAUUUGAUAUGUAAAAUAUACGCAGAAAGCUAC